AUGCCUGGUAUACCUCCGGGCUUAUUGGUCCUUCUUCUGGGUAACUCCGUCAUAACGAAGUAUAACGCCAUUGCUGCGGCAACAUGGCUAGUAUGGGAUUUCUUUAUCUCUAUCGAAGACGAGGUCGAACUUAUAUGGAAGUCACGGAAUUCCUUACCCAAAUACCUCUAUUUUUUCUCUCGGUACUUCGGCAUGUUCAUGCAAGUCUUCCUCGCUGCCGGUGCGCAGCCCUUGUACUGUAAAGAGUGGUUGGUGUUUGAAGCGAUGUGCGAUCUUCUUUCUAUCUUAUUGUUUGGACGCAGCAAUGCUGAAAGCGAUGCCGAUCUCUACAGUACCUUCGCGCUGACCGUUACAGCCGUCGAGAUAUCCAUGAUCCUGCGCAUCCAGGCGUUGUACGGCGGCAGCCGCACCGUCCUCGUCCUCUUACUCUCAGUUCUGGCUGUUGAAAUACUCUGUUUCAGCAUCAUUACUGUCAUCGGAUACAGGGCCGCGACGCCCUCCCUCCGUCCCUUCCCGGAGCAGUGGCCCAUCAAAGGGUGCAUCAUGACAAAAAUCCCGAAGAUCUUCGAGCUAUGCUGGUUACCGACCCUGAUCUGCGAGUCCCUCUUGUUCUCUCUGACGGCGUACAAGUGCCUCGCCUCCGGACCGCGGUUCCGGUCUGGGUUCCACACCCCGACGCAUGUCAAGUUCUUCAGGGAUGGGAUCGUCUAUUAUGCACUGACAUUCGGUAAGCAUGCCACCUGGUGGUCUUAA